AUGGAGCAGGACAAACUGUGCUGUUCGAUCUGUCUUGAUUUAUUGAAGGAUCCGGUCACUAUUCCCUGUGGACACAGCUACUGCAUGAACUGUAUUAAAAGCUACUGGGGUGAAGAGGAUCAGAAGAAAAUCCACAGCUGCCCUCAGUGCAGAAAAUUAUUCAGACCGAGGCCUGUCCUGAUGAAAAACACCACGUUAGCAGAUUUAAUGGAAAAACUGAAAAUGUCUGGACUCCAAGCUGCUCCAGGUGAUCACUGCUAUGCUGGAUCUGAAGAUGUGGCCUGUGAGUUCUGUAUUGGGAGAAAACUGAAAGCUGUCAAGUCCUGUCUGCAGUGUCUGGUCUCUUACUGCGAACAACACCUCCAGCCUCACUAUGAAUCUCCUGCCUUUGUAAAACACAAACUGGUCAACCCCUCCAAGAAGCUUCAGGAGAAUAUCUGCUCUCGUCAUAAUGAGGUGAUGAAGAUUUUCUGUCGCACUGAUCAAAAAUGUAUCUGCUAUCUGUGUUCCAUGGAUGAACAUAAAGGACAUGACAUAGUUUCUGCUGCAGCAGAAAUGACUGAGAAGCAGAGAGAGCUUGGGGUGAGUCAGCAAAAAAUCCAGCAGAGUAUCCAGGACAGAGAGGACGUCUGGAAGAAGCUUCAGCUGGAGGUGGAGAAUAUCAACCACUCCGCUGAUAAAGCUGUGGGGGACAUUGAGAAGAUCUGCACAGAUGUGAAGCAGCAGAUCAGAUCUCGUCAGAAAACUGAAGUGACUCAUGUCAAGAAGCUUCAGGACAAGGUGGAGCAGGAGAUCGCUGAGCUGAGGAGGAAAGACAACGAGUUGAAGCAGCUCACACACACAGAGGAUCACACUCAGUUUCUACACAAAUAUACCUUCCUGGCACAUGUUAGUGAAUCUACAGACCCAGCCAGCGUCAAUAUCCCUCCUCUGAGGUACACUGAGGACAUGAAAGUAGCUGUCUCAGAGGUUAGAGAUGAACUCCAGGACAUUCUUAGUGAGGAAUGGACCAAGAUCUCACUCACAGAGAGUGCAGUUGAAGCCUUACUGCCACUAGCAGAGCCCAAGACCAGAGAGGAAUUCAUGAAGUAUGCAUGUCAAAUCACACUGGAUGCAAACACAGCACAUUCAUACCUAAAUGUCUGUGUAAGAAAAGUAGAAUGCUACAAUUAUCGACGCGAGUUACAAAUGGAAGAGCGUCAUCCAGACAGAUUCAUUGACUGGUUUCAGGUCUUGUGCAGAGAGGGUCUGUCUGGACGUUGUUACUGGGAGGUGGAGUGUUGUGGGGAAGUUUUUGUAGCAGUUGCAUAUAAGAUUAUUAUCAGAACCGGACGUGAAAGUGUAUUUGGACACAAUGAUCAUUCUUGGGCAAUACAAUGUGUUGGCAAUAGUUAUGAAUUCAGGCAUAACAAAAUCAGAACUUCAAUCUCAGGCCCUCAAUCUUCCAGAGUAGUGUACCUGGAUCACAGUGCAGGUAUUCUGUCCUUCUACAGCGUCUCUGACACCAUGACUCUCGUCCACAGAGUCCAGACAACGUUCACUCAGCCACUCUGUCCUGGACUUGGUCUUUAUUCCAGAGCCUCUGCUGAAAUCUGUAAUGCAGAUAUAGAUAUGCAGACAUCACAAACCUACUUUGAAGAUUGAAACCUGCAGAGACACAU